AUGGACCCUCCUCAGACCCCGACUCCCGGACCCGGACCGGCAGCUCCUCGACCGCAGUGCUCUUCCCCCUCAGCUAGUCGGAGAAAACGUCCCCAGCACAUCAAUUACCCACUUUCCAGCGACGAUAAACCCGGGAACGGUCCAAUGGGCGGUCACGAACAGCAUCACGGUGCGACCACGUCUUCGGGGACCCGCUUGGAGACCCCCGCGCCCGAUAAUGCUGCCGCUGUUGGGAAAUCCUCCAAGGCGUCUAAGCGAAAGAAAAACCGUAAUCGCAAACGGCGCAACCGACAGCAGUCCUUCAUCACUCCUGACCUAGAGCCGGUUAAUGAUCGGCCUGGAACGUCCCCGGGGACUGGCGGCGCGAGGGACCCGAUGGAGGGCGACCUUUCAACUGUGAAGGAAAACCCCCCAUUCUUCAAAUUGGGUAGGAACUUGAGCAACACAAGUCUUGAGAGCGAUGCAUUGUUGGAUCAUCGCGACCAACCUAUGAUGCGACCUCGUCGCGAGAGUCGACUCGCAUCAUCAUUUCGUCCCAGUUCUUUGCUUUCAGGUCCCUUCCGUUCAAACGACUCUCGGCCCCGCAAUACCCCGGGUGGAAGCCGUAUCCAACCGUUCCAAGAUCAAGAUAGCGACGAGGCCGAGGCCAACGAUCGUACACCAUUGAUUCGCGCUCCUUCGGGCCAAACGUCUGGUUUCACGCGCUAUGGGACCGACUCUCGAUCCAGUCCAUUUUCCCACCCAAGACGACCAUCUGUUCAGACUUCGUCAUCGCAAUGCUCGCCUCGAGAAAACCAUAGCCCAACUUAUUCACCAGAAGCGGACCGUGACUAUGAUGUCAAUAAUCCCCCGUCAAUCCCGGGAUCGCCUAAGCUAGGCCCAGAUAUGAAUUACGACGUUGCGGUGGUAACUGGCACUGAAUUCGACUUUCUCACACCGUGGUCCAUCGAAAAUCGCAGGGAAUCUCUCAACCGGCUGAAUGAUACAGUAAUCAACAUUGAGGGUGGAACAGCUCACCAAUAUUCUGCUCCGUCCUCAAUUCGCUCGGGGCAAUUUUCUCCGCAAGAGCUUCGUCGCCGUCGUACUGUUGCUUUGCCCGUGGAAGAAGAUGUUUGUUUCCCAACAGAGGAUAUAUCGGAGCUUGGCGACGAAGGACCAACAGUGCGAAGAAACGGACCUGGCGAACGUCGGCGACGUAGACAUCGGCAGUGGCCAGAUCUAUCUGUUCUAGAAGAAUGGAGUCGCGAAGAAAAGGAGGACCGCAGUGGGGAUCUUCGCGUGAAGAAGAUUAGCGAGCCGAUGCUUGUUGAGGGUCGGUUACGGCCACAAUAUACACUCUGGCGCCGGGAGGAGGACGAUGCGCCCUACCGGUUCACAUAUUUUAACGAAGAGUUCCAGAGCACCAUCCAUGCCCAAACGAUUUCGGAGCUGGUGCAACCAGGCGGCAGUUUCCGGGAGCUGUUCAUUCCCGAUCCACCUGAAUUGGAAGAUUCGUCCGAGUCUGAAGAUGAAGAUGGUCACUCCACAGCUGGAACUUCCAUUCCCUGCCCAAGGGGAAACUCUACAAGCAAUGGCACUCGACUUUCAGGCUCUCCUUAUGACAGUCAAACCACUUCUACUAAUAAUGGGGCCUCAGUCCUGGGACCCUUUGAAGCCAAGAAUGGACAGGACUCCGCGUCUGGUCCAGUUAAUGGACAGAGAUUGAACCCUCGCCUGUCAGUGCUCAGCGAGAGUCGACCAGGCUCUCAUCGUGAGGCCUCGCCAUCGCAUUCGAACAAUCUGCCCAAGCCGAAAAAAUAUGGUCCGCGGCCAACGUUUUGGCUCGAUGUACUGUCUCCAACGGAUGCGGAGAUGCGUGUUAUUGCCAAAGCCUUUGGCAUCCAUGCGCUUACAGCCGAGGAUAUUAUGAUGCAAGAAGCCCGAGAAAAGGUGGAGCUGUUCCGCAGCUACUAUUUUGUCAACUAUCGGACCUUUGAGCAGGAUCACAAUAGCGAGGACUAUCUUGAACCCGUCAACAUGUACGUGGUUGUGUUCCGUGAGGGUGUGCUGUCUUUCCACUUCUCACAAACCCCUCACCCGGCCAAUGUACGACGGCGCAUCCGCCAACUUAUGGACUAUUUGAUUCUAAGCUCGGAUUGGAUCUCUUAUGCUCUGAUUGAUGAUAUCACGGAUGUCUUUGGUCCGCUGAUUCAGGCUAUCGAAGACGAGGUCGACGAAAUUGACGAGAAGAUUAUGCAGAUGCACUCAAGCAAGGAAGGAUCGUCUGCGGAUAGUGUUGUUCCGAGUUUCGCACCUGGUGAGAUGCUGCGGCGCACCGGGGAAUGCCGCAAGAAGGUCAUGGGACUCUACCGGCUCCUUAGCAACAAGGCAGAUGUUGUUAAGGGCUUCGCGAAGCGCUGCAACGAGCAAUGGGAGGUAGCACCCAAGUCAGAGAUUGGCCUGUAUUUGGGCGAUAUCCAGGACCAUAUCCUGACGAUGACAGGGAAUUUGACGCAUUACGAAACGAUCUUGUCGCGUGCGCACUCUAACUACCUGGCGCAGAUCAACAUCUUGAUGAACGAACGCCAGGAGCAGACUGCGGAUGUUUUGGGUAAGCUGACAGUCCUGGGUACGAUUGUGUUACCCAUGAACAUUAUCUGCGGUAUGUGGGGUAUGAAUGUCAAGGUGCCUGGUCAGGAUAUUGACAACCUGUACUGGUUCUGGUCGAUCACUGCGGGCUUGUUCUGCUUUGGUCUAGCAUCAUUCUUGAUCGCCAAACGGGUGUAUAAGAUCGUCUAA